AUACGACUAAUCAGUAUAUUCCCGGGCGAUGCAAAAGACCGGCUCCAGGGAAUAAUUUUCCACACACCUUUCGAUUCUGCCGGAACUUACAGGGCACUUUCCUACGUAUGGGGUACGGAUGAACGAACCCACUCGUUGAGUACACCAGAUGGGACCUUUUGGAUUACCUCCUCUUUGGAUACGGCGCUUCGCCGCUUACGGCACAAAAAUGAUGCGGUAGUGUUAUGGGUAGAUGCUAUUUGCAUUAACCAACAGGAUAACGCUGAAAAGUCUCGCCAGAUACGCCUUCUACCGAAAAUAUUUCAACAAGCUUCUUCCACUUACGCUUUCAUAGGAGAAUGUGAGAAGUAUGACAGUGCCAUG